AAACAAUCAUUACAAGAAAUAGUGAGUGGUACCAAAAAAUAUCCUAUGAUGGUACCUGGUCCAGGUCAUGUUGACGAGGAACAAGAACUUCAUGCCAGUCUGCUACAUCAGAAUGAUGAAGGUUCUGAGAGUGAUGUUGAAAUUAGUAGCUUUGAAAGAAAACAAUCAUUGAAUAUAACUGAUAAAAAGGAACAGCAAAAAAAGCGUGAUCUUGAUCAUGAAGCAUUGCGACGUAAAUAUUCGGUAUCGAAAUUGCAACGACCACGACCAACCACACCAACAUCGUGGUGUGCUAUCGAGAAUUACGUCGAAGGUUCCGUUGAUGCUAAUGAUGAAUCAUCACCAAUUGCAACAAAAAAGCAAAAGAUUCAUGUCAGCAUACCCAAUCAUAAUGUACCACAAACACCGAGACGUCGUCGAGUAUCCAUGUCAUGGUUUGAUUUUUAUGAAACUAUGUUAACGCAGUUACCAUCUCAAGCUCGUAGAUCGAUGUCUGGUUGUGUUACACCGUCAUAUGAUUAUGAUGGUGAUAUAUUGGAGGAAAAUCCAAGUUAUCGAAAUGUUGCACCACCAAAACCGGUCAUUCAUCGUCGUUCAUCUACUGAUUGGGAAAAUUUCAUUGAUAAUGGUAAAAAAUUUUUGAUGUAA